CCAGGCUUGAUAUAAUCAGCAAAAUAAAAGGGUGAAUUACGGGGGUGUUGCCAAACUAUCUAGGAAGUAGGAACUCUGAAUCGAAGCUUCUCUCUGUCUUUCUCUCUUCCCUCUCUCUUGCUCCACUCUUUUUAAGCACAGAUUUUUCAGAUUUCAAGACUCAUUUCCUGUUCUUCUUUGUCAAAAUUUAGCUAAUUGAAUUUGUCAAGAGUUUAGGGAUCAAUCAUCAUGCGUGCCCCGUCGUUGUUGGCACAGUGUUUACCAGGAUUGUCGCCCCAUGACCGGGGAAGUCCCAGCAUCUCUGCUGUUUCAGAUAGAGAUACAAAUUUUACGCCGCCUGCUGUUGAAAUUCUACCCUCAAAAGUGGUACAAACGUCCAAGUGUGAAGGAGAAAAUGCUGAUGGGCAAAGACUCCUUCCAUUCAAGGGAAAGAUUAAUGUUGCAGAUAUAGUUGGUUUCAGUGGGCUUGAAACGAUAUGUUCAAAAAUGGAUGCAUCACUCAAACCCUGGGAUAGUUCUAUUGAUCUUGUAAACGUCCUAAAACAUGAGAUCCGUGAUGGACAAUUAAGCUUCAGGGGAAAAAGGGUACUUGAGCUUUCUUGCAGUUAUGGGCUUCCUGGUAUUUUUGCAUGCUUGAAGGGUGCCUCGACUGUGCAUUUUCAAGACAUAAAUGCAGAAACUAUUAGAUGUGCUACCAUUCCCAAUGUUCUGGCUAAUCUGGAGCAUGCUCGAGACAGGCAAAGCCGCCAACCCGAGGGCCCUGUGACUCCAUCUAGGCAACUUCUAGCUCCCUCUGUGCAUUUUUAUGCCGGGGAUUGGGAAGAGCUACCCACUGUCUUAUCAGUUGUGAGAAAUGAUGCUUGUGAAGCUACACCUGGGAUGAGUUUGUGUUUUUCAGAGGAUGAUUUAAAUGAUGGAUGUAGUAGCCAAGAUGGCAGCAUAACUGGGCAAGAGUCCUCGACAAAACCGAGACGUUCUCGGAAACUUUCUGGAAGCCGAGCUUGGGAAAGGGCUAGUGAGACAGAUCACGGGGAAGGUGGUUACGAUGUUGUUUUAAUGACUGAAAUUCCUUUCUCAGCGACCUCUAUGAAGAAACUCUAUGCACUGAUUAAGAAGUGCCUUAGGCCUCCCUAUGGAGUACUAUAUUUAGCAACAAAGAGGAAUUACGUUGGCUUCAACAGUGGAGCUCGGCAUUUGAGAAAUAUAGUGGAUGAAAACAUUUUUGGAGUUCAUUUAGUCAAAGAAAUGGCUGAUAGAGAGAUUUGGAAGUUUUUCCACAAAUGAAUUUCAACAUGAAUGACAGAGAUUUGAGUUACAAAUUUUUUGCCUUUCCUUUUAGGGUGUUUGUAUCUGUAUAAUAUGUACUCUAAAUAUCGUUCCUUUAUUAUUUUUGCUUAGCGAUAAAGAAAUAUGAAUUACAAGGUUAGCUGAGCUGAUUUUACCUGUAAUAUACCCUCCAUUUAGAUACCAAUAUCAGAGUUUCAGAUGUAAAUAGAUUUUGGCUGUGCAAAGAAAGGUCUAGCAGUUUUCCACAUUCUCCA